AUGACGUCACUGCACGACGAGGACCCUUGGUUCAGGUUCAGCUUCGGAUCGGAUCUGUCUGUCUGGUCGGCCGCGUUCGUUCACCGAGGGUCGGCCGAGGCGCGGCGCGGUUCAACGAAACCAGCACUGAUUGGAGGGAAAGAGAGGUGGCGAGCGAGGAACGACGGACUCCACCACCGAUCGCACACGCCGGCGGCUGGUAAUGGCGAGGGUCGCCGAUGGCAACGUCUCUACGGCCCGCAGGUGAGGAACGCAGAGGAGAUCGGCUGGUGCCUGUCGCCUGCCUAUCGGAGUGGAGGUUGGUCUGUCAAUCGUCGUCACUCGUCACUCGUCAAUGGUCGUCGAUCGGCCGAUGGUACGGAACACGCGCGCCGCAACAAUAAUCCGCUAUCAUCGUUAAUUAGAGGCGAACGGGCGACUACGUGGCUUAAACGUAGUCGACAAAUGACGACCGUGUGGACUUCGACGACGAUCAUCGUCCAUCUAUCCGUUGGCACGCUUUUAAUCUGGUCAUGUGUUUUUACAGCUGCUCAGCCGGGCGACCACCAGUGCAAAGUAGCCAGCCGUAGCCCGUUGCUGUGCUAUGCUAUUCAUUCGACCACCACCACCAUCGCCAUCGCCGUGACCGACUCGCGCGCAUAA